CCACGCAUGCGCAGUAGUCUAUAGGCAGGCCAUUUUCAAACAAAACCGCGGGCAGCAUUUUAGCAAUUUUAACAAGAAAGAAACCUCGACGAACGUUUGUUGAAGCGUUUAGGACAAAAACAGACGAAAAUCAAACCACACAAUGACCAGCACACUCAAAGGAAUUACUCUCAAAGGAAGCGCGGAGCUUGUGGCUGACUUCUUUUCUUUUGGUAUCAACAGCAUCUUGUACCAGCGUGGCAUUUAUCCUCCGGAGCAAUUCACCAGAGUGAGCCAGUAUGACAUGAGCCUUCAAGUCACCUCGGAUCCUGAACUAAAGAACUACCUCGAUAGUGUGGUGUCGCAGCUCAAAGAGUGGCUCCUCAACUGCACGGUGCAGAAGCUGGUGUUGGUGAUCACAUGUCUGCAAACCAACGAGGUAUUGGAACGCUGGCAGUUUGAUAUAGAGUGCGACAAGUCGGCCAUGGAGUGCAGUAGUGCCCCUCGAGAAAAGCCCAUUCAAACCAUCCAGGGUGAGAUCCGCUCAGUUCUUAGGCAGAUAACCGCCUCCGUGACCUUCCUGCCCCUGCUGGAAACGCCGUGUAGCUUCAACCUCCUGAUCUACACCGACAGAGACCUCGCCAUUCCCGAUAAGUGGGAGGAGUCCAACCCGCACUGCAUCAGCGACCCGGAGGAGGUGCGCCUGCGCUCGUUCACCACAACCAUCCACAAGGUGUGCAGCAUGGUCACUUACAAGAAGACGUGCUCGCUUUAAAAUGGGGUUUCAAACCCGGGGUGGGCCACAACACCCCAAAUUCAAUCCCACUCACACAUACAGUAAUAAACAUUUUUUUUUUUCAUGUUUACUGUGGUAUUUAUGAAGUCAGACACCCCUGCUUUAACGCAAUUAGCUAGGACUUUUUGAAGCAUUCUUAAAAUAAGCAUGAGGAGGUAGGCAUUAAAGACCCCCCACCACAAAAAAAAAACUGAAAUCAACACGUUUCACAGAAUUUAUUUAAUGGGGCAACGUCGACGGAGAGGUAGGUCCAAAACAUUAUAUCGUAACCGAUUACAAAAAUCUGAAUUCAAUCACUGUGUACAUUUCCAAAAAAUGCAUUUGUGACUUGACAAGGCAGUGGAGAAAAAAAAAAAACGUUUUUUUUUUUAAUUAGUAUGAAAAAUAACAAUUUCAAAAUUUCUUCUGGAAAAGUGCUUUAAAAAAGACAAUAUACAUUUAGCUAAUAAAUAUAUUAAACAAAUAAAUACGCAAGGCUGACUGUACUUGUGAGCGUGACACUCUUGUAGUGUGUAGAUAUAAUCUGCAUCCCAAUGUACAUUUACUUUUGUCCAUAUCUGUAAUCUGUGAGUUUAAAGCCACUCGGUGCAAAAAUAAUAAAUAGAUUCUGUACUGUAAUGACUAAAUAAAAAGACAACAGUGA